AGAAGAAAAGAAAACCUAAAUGACAAAGGUAACAACUACUCUACUCUCAACUCAUCAUCUUGCAAACAACCCUACAUAUAUAUUUUCAUCAAUAUUUGAUUCUCAGUAUUUCCCGAAUUCCUCACACAAACCGACAUAUCUUCCUACGCUGCCCGAGAAUCCGGAAAGUGUUCAACGGAAACGAGAAUCGUCGCUUUUGAAUCAAAGAAAAUGAGCGGGUACCCUCUUCUGAAGAAGCCCAAAAUCGAAAUUGAAGAAAAUGAAGAAGAAGAAGAAGAACCGGAAGAAAAUGAUGAUGAGAAAAUGGAGGAGCAGAUUAGGAACGAGCAGGAAGAAGCACUAGUGGCACUCAUAGAGCACCGAACGAAGGAAGUCGAGCACCUACGCCAGCGUAUUACUUACUAUAAAUCCCAGCUUAAUGAUGCUGAGAAGAGGUUGGAGGAUACCCAAAAUAAAUUGGCUCGUCUUCGAGGACAGAAUAUGUCGAAAGCUUCUAAAAAUUUAACAAAUGGAAGGGAAGAGGUAAUAGUUGAAAGAAGAUCUGCAAGUCCUAUUAACAUGAGUGAAGGUUCAUCUCAAAAACAAUCUCAAUCUACACCAAAGGAAUCCGGAAAUAAAACUUUCAGUGGUUCUGGCUCACUGUCCAGUUCAGCAACACCAACCCAUGUUAAUAGUCUUGCAAAGUUUAAGGGGGAAAAAGCUCGUAAGGUAUCAUCUGAGCAGGAAACAGUGGAACCUCAGCCUAAAGGAACAAAAAGGAAUCUUGAGCAGAGAGAACACAAGGAUUUGAUUAAGUUAAUAAACAAAAGCUCUUCACCAGUUACAAUCCGCUGUCAGACUGGCUGUCUUUUAUCUAGUCAACACAAAAGAAAGCUUAGAAGUCUUAUUUUGUGUCCGACAAAUGAUCAAUUGUUUGUGACCAGUGCGUUGGAUGGAGUGGUCAACCUGUGGCAAGUUCAGGGGAGAGGUUCUAGUGCCAAUCUUCUGAGUUCUACUGAUUGUCAAUCUGAGAAGAAUAGGAGGUGGCCAGAAGAUAUAGCUUGGGAUCCACAUGGGAACAAACUCUUCUCAGUUUAUAGUGCUGAUGGUGGGGAUUCACAGAUAUCAAUUUUGAAUCUAAACAAGGGAAGAGAGAAAACACGUGUAAGCUUUCUCAAUGACAAGCCUCACAUUAGAGGCAUCAUCAACAGCAUAACAUUCAUGCCGUGGGAUGAUAAAUCGUUUGUUACUGGUGGAAGUGAUCAUGCUGUCAUCCUUUGGACUGAGAAAGAUGGAGAAGAUUCGUGGAAACCUAAAGCGUUGCACAGACAUUAUCAUUCCUCUGCUGUAAUGGGUGUUGCUGGAAUGCAGCAUAAGAACAUAGUGAUGUCUGCUGGUGCAGACAAACGGAUUUUUGGGUUCGAUGUUCUAACUGGGAGAGCAGAUUACAAACAUCAGAUAGAAAGCAAAUGCAUGAGUGUUCUGCCUAAUCCAUGUGACUUCAACCUCUUCAUGGUUCAAACAGGGACUCCAGAGAGACAGCUUAGACUAUUUGAUCUUAGACUGAGACAAAUGGAGAUUCACGCAUUCGGGUGGAAGCAAGAGAGCAGCGAAUCCCAGUCGGCCCUUAUAAAUCAGGCAUGGUCUCCAGAUGGUCUAUAUAUGACUUCUGGCUCAGCUGAUCCUGUUAUUCACAUAUUUGAUAUCAGAUACAAUGCUCACAAACCGUCUCAGUCGAUAAGAGCUCAUCAGAAAAGAGUCUUCAAAGCCGCAUGGCACCACGCUCUCCCUCUCCUUAUCUCCAUUUCUUCCGACCUAAACAUUGGAUUACAUCGAAUCACCUAAGUUGCUGACACAAAAAGUACCACAACCGUCUUUUGUCCUCCCAUCUUUCCGUAUGGAUAGUUUUGUCUUGAUGAGGAACUAUGCUCGUCGGUUGAUGACAAUGCGUGGCAAGGGCCUAGGUUCUAGACAUGGAAUCAUGUUUUUUGGGCUUGCUGCAGGUUUGCAUCCUUCCGGAGUUCCCAAAUGAACUAUAGCAGUAGGCCACUCGUUUUGGGACGUUGUGUUGGUGAUCUGUGCUCGGUUGUCUUAUCUCAAUUUUGAUUAUACGACUGGUCAAAGCCAAACAAGUUAAGAGCACAAAAGCGCGAUGCCUACACCAACAAACUUCUGAACAUUGUAUGGCAUUCUUAUAUGUGGAUGGCAAUUGGCUCAUAGUCUCCUAACUAUGUCAACUUUAUCUACAGAUCAUGCAUGUACUCUUAAGAGGCUGUUUGGCUACGCCUAUAUAUAAGAUUUUCUAAGUUUA